AUGGUGGCAGAAAACACUGAACUGGCAAAGUUCUCUCUCGACAAUGUGUCGCCGGCACUUGAGAAGGCCUACAAAGAGAUCGAAGACUUAUUCACCAUCUCGCCUGAGGUGCUGAAGACGAUCACUGCUCAUUUCAUUACCGAGCUCCAGAAGGGUCUUGAUCAGGAGGCUAAUAUCCCAAUGAUUCCAGGUUGGGUCCUUGACUUUCCAACUGGCCAGGAGACUGGAGACUAUCUGGCGAUCGAUUUGGGUGGAACUAAUUUGAGAGUCGUUCUUGUGACUUUGAAAGGAAACAGUGAUUUCAGUUUCACCCAUUCCAAAUACUCUUUGCCUGCUACCAUGAGAACGGCUGAUGCCGACGAUUUAUGGGACUUCAUUGCUGAUUCUCUUGAGAAGUUCAUCAAGGAGAAGUACCCUGGCGGAUGUGCGUCAGAUCUUCCUCUUGGAUUCACCUUCUCUUACCCGGCGUCUCAAGAUGCCAUCAACAUGGGUGUUUUGCAGAGAUGGACCAAGGGAUUUGACAUCCACAACGUCGAAGGUCACGAUGUCGUACCCAUGCUGCAGAAGGCUCUAAAGGCCAGAAGCCUUCCAAUUGAGGUGGUUGCUUUGAUCAACGAUACCACUGGAACUCUGGUCGCAUCAAUGUACUCUGAUCCAGAAACCAAGAUGGGAUUGAUCUUUGGUACAGGAUGUAACGGUGCUUACUACGACUUUGUAGAGAAUGUGCACAAGCUCAGUGGAGAUCUCCCAACAGAUAUCCCUUCGGGAACUCCUAUGGCGAUCAACUGUGAAUACGGAGCAUUUGACAAUGAGCGUGUGGUGUUGCCAUUGACCAAGUACGAUUUCAAGAUCGAUGAAGAGUCUCCAAGACCGGGACAACAGGCAUACGAGAAGAUGAUUGCAGGAUACUACCUUGGUGAGAUUCUGAGAUUGAUUCUAGUCGAUUUCUACAAAGCUGGACUUAUAUUUGCUGGCCAGGAUGACUCAAAGCUCCAACAGGUAUUUAUCAUGGAUACCUCUGUGCCUUCACGGAUCGAAGAAGAAGAAGCGGGUAAUACAACCGUUAUCGAGUCUAUCUUUAAAGAUGAGCUUAACAUCUCUACCACUGCGGCCGAGAGAGCCAUUAUCCGUCGUCUGUGUAUCCUGAUUGGAACUAGAGCUGCCAGACUGUCUGUUUGUGGUGUUGCUGCUAUUGCCCAGAAGAUGGGCUACAAAUCGGGCCAUUGCGCUGCGGAUGGGUCUGUCUUCAACAAAUACCCUGGCUUUCAGCGCAGAGCUGCUGUGGCCCUUUCCGAUAUCUUCGGAUGGUCUUGCAAACUAGAGGACAACCCAAUAAAGCUUACUGCUGCCGAGGACGGUUCCGGCGUCGGUGCUGCAGUAAUUGCGGCUUUGACUGAAAAGAGACUCAAGGCAGGUCUCUCGGUGGGAAAGAAGCACAUUGUUUCGAAAUGA